AUGAGCAUAGAACCAAGUACUAGUUCUAAAUGUAUAAUAAAUACCAGUAAGGGUCGAAUUGAUGUUGAGCUAUGGGCUCGUGAGUUGCCUAAUACUACAAAAAUCUUCUUAGAGUCGUGCCAAGGGCAAAAGUUGCAAAGAUUUGAUGGUGUGAGAUCAAAUGGUACAGUGACGAUAGUAGGCGGUAGUCCUGACAAGAAGCUAGAUUACGAACGACAUGCACGUAUACGUGGUUGUCGUAGGGGUAGCGUUGGCUACGACAGAAAUGUAAACCAGUGGUUUUUUGCCAGUCAAGAGUGUUCGAUAGAAGAUGAUUCAUGGAUUUUGAUCGGUAAGAUAGUUGGCGAAUCCAACUACGUGCUAAGAAGAAUUGUAGGUGAAAGUCAGUUGGAUGACCGUGGGAAGUUUGUAUAUCCACCAAUAGUGAACAAAACUGAAGUUACAGUUCCUCAUUUUGAUUUGGGAACUUUACCACAGGUGGGACCAAACCUACCCAAAGAAGAAAAACCAAGAUUUUUCAAGAGAGGUAACGCUAAGGUCAAAUUAAGUUAUGAAGAAGAAGAAGAAGAAGAAGAUUAUGAACGAGAUGCUGUACCUUUGAAAAAAAUCAAACCACCACCAGGUGUCAAAGAUAAAGGUAAGAAUGAUCCUUCCACCAAAACGCAGGCGUUAAAGGAAAAGGAACCAACAGAAGAAAUAUCUUUACGGGAAAAAGAGACGUUAGCUUUAUUGUCCCAAUUUCAGCAGCGCCAAAAAGGCCGUGAUAACAUUCUAAACCGCCGCCCAUAA